AUUGUCAAGCGCAUAAUUAAUUUUUAUCAUACUGACUUGGAUUUACUGUGGGGAUUGUAACCGUGAAAGAAGGACAUUUGAAAAUGUUAGGUAGUUAUUUACCUAUUUCCUCCAUAUGAAGAGUAAGUUAUACCAGUCCAAGAGACAUCUUUGUUAAAACUGCUUUCAGUUCCACCCAUACAACCUCUUCAGGCUUCGAAAAUGCGCCUUUGUUUUCACAUACCACAAGUGUUGGCACUAUUACCCUAUCCUCAAGAUACAAAGAAACCGUCACAUUUUAUUUGAAAGAGUAUACUCGUAAGUGGGAAUGAAUUUUCAAUGGCGGCUUGUCGACACCUUGUGAUGCAUGUGCCGGUCGUACUCCAAAACCAAAUCAGUCGCUACCUACCCUAACAGGACGAUAGGAAUUAUUUCUCCCCUCUUAAAUACAAGAGGUGCAAUUUUCAUCAUUUUCUUCUCUUCAUUGUUGUAUACUUAUAUCAAACCCACCCACCCAGCAAAUCAAACCACCCAGUGGGAUCAAAAUCACUCACUCCUAAACCAUGAACAUGAGCACAGCAAGCUAUUCCCCUUCGAUAAAAAAUCCAUCUAUUUCCUCCCCGUCCAAACCCUCUUCAUCUAGCUCACCAACCUCCUCACGAACCCUCCCCCUCUCCAAGGCCUCCUCCUCUCCUCCUCCUCCAACCCCUCGCCCCCUCGAACUCCGCAUCGCUUCUCUCCCUUUCUAUCCCUGCACCGCUAUCGUAUCGCCAAUUUCUCAAUCCCCGUCGAAAUAUCCGCUUUAUGUUUCAAAAAAUCAUAUUAUUAAUAAUAAUAAUAAUAAUAUAAAUAGUAAUACAUAUAGUGAUAUAUUUGGUGGGGCUUCUUUGCCGCUUGAAGAUUCUUUGAGGAGGGGUGAGAUGCGCGAGAUUUCGCUACCGGGACUUAUUGAUUAUCUUGCGGGAGAGGACUUGGUUAGCUGGAGAGAGGAGGUUUGGCCGAAGGGCUUGAAUGCGGGGGAUUGUGGGGUGGGUGGGAGUUUCGGGUUGGGUGGUGAUGGUGCGGGUACGGGUACAAGUACGAAUAGAGGUAGAGAGGAGGAGGGGGUGAGUUUGAGGGGUGAGAUUGAAAACAGGAAGGAGAAGAGGGAUGAAAAGGAUGGGGAGGAUGAAAAGGAUGAAAAAAUCAAAAGACCAAAAUAUAUCAUUCAUACCCAUGCCCCCGAUUUCGCGGAUAAAAGUUAUAGUACGCCGUUGGUGAAACAGUUGUUGGUUAAUUGUUAUAGGGGGGUUUUGGUAGAAGGGAUGGGGAUUGCGGCGAGGGAGGAGGAGGAGGAGAGGCUGAGGGAAGAAGAACAGAGGGAGAAGAUAGGAAAUUAUGGAGUUAGUGGAGAAAAGAUACGGGAUGGAGAAUCAGAAAUAGAAAUAGAGAGUAUGAGUGUGAGCACGACGAACGAACCCGCCGAUACAAUCAUGACAGACGCAAGUCAUCUUCCACUACACAAACCGAAAAAAACCCCAGAAAUCCCCGAAAUCCCCACACAAACAGUCCCAAACUCCCACAACAGCAUAAACAAUCCAACCAGUCCCCAAAACUCCACUCCUCACACUCCUCAAAUCGUAACGAAAAACUCCAAACACAACGGUAUAACAAUAGCAAUCCCCGCCCUCUCCACAGGCCAUAAAUCCUUCCCCCAUCGACUGGCAGCACGUAUAGCGGUAGGUACCGUGAGGGAUUUCUUGCUUCAUCCGAUUUUUGGCCCUGAGAGAAGGAAGAGGAUAAGGAGGGUGGUGUUUUGUGUUUGGCCUGUUGAUAGGUAUGUUUAAUUUUUUCGUUUUCUAUUUUUGGAUUUUGGGUUUUGGUGGUAGCAGCGGUGAAGGGGAAGGAGAUGCUUGGAUGAAUGUGUUUUAUACAAGGAGGUGUUUGGUGUGGGGGGGUGUUGGAUAUGAAGAUGUGAAGAGAUGGGUGGGGAGAGGCGCGUAUAUGCACAUUUUUUAUGUUGAUGUUGAUGCUGAUGCUGAUGCUGAUAUAAAUAUAAUUAUAGUCCGAAUAGGAAGGCGUUGCAGAUAGCGUUUGGACUUAUGUUUCCGAGGCCGGCGCCGUUGAGUGCCCCGUUGAUUCCGGUUUCGUGCCAGCUUGCUACGCCACCUUUCCUUCGGGGUCGAAGAGGAGGAGGGGAUGGGAAGGGGAUGGACAGGAGGGUGGAGAUGGAGAUGAGAGGGGUGGGGUGUUUGGUUUUGGGGUGGGAGGGGAGAGGCUGUUGGAUGUUAAUGUGGAUGUUGAUGUAGACGUGCAGAUGGUGCCGAAGAUUGUGGUUACGCCGCCUGUCUCGCCUAUUACGCCUGUUAUGCCCGUUAUGGCCGUUAUAUUAGCUGAGGAAUCUGACGAGAUUGAGAGAGAAACAAAUAUCCCAUCACUCCUAACAAGCGAAGAAGGAACAACGCAACCGGAGAGAGAAAAUACGGGACUUAGUGCAGCAGGAAUAAAUAAUGAGAAUAGAAAGGAUAGUAUACGAGAAGAACCUCUGCAAACGUCCACGCCAACGAACAUUCGAAACGAAAACGCAGUAGGGAAAGGGGAUAGAGGGAUUAUAAAAGGGAUGGUGGAAAGAGGUAAAAUGGGCAGGUAAGCAGAGGGAAAGAAAAAAGAGGAGAGGAAGGAGGGAAGAGGAGGAACAAAGAUAAAGGAAUGGGAAGGUGGAAAUGAGAUGGAAGGAUCAUGGAAAGAUGGAAAACGGAUGGAAUGGAAGAGAAGAUGGAGGAAAGAAAUGAAGGAAAAUAUGAAAAGUAAAUGGAGAUGGAAAGAAGAAGGAAAAGAACGAAGACGAUAGGGAUAUGAAGGCGACAGUAGGAAUACAGAUAUAAAUGCAAGGCUGCAUGUUAGACCGAGGAAUACGAGGAUGAUGGAACAGAUACCACGGGUUGAGCAGGGAGGAGGGUGGCGGAAAUGAGACUAGAGAAUGAGAAUCGGGGAUA